ACACAGAGGGGACAGGGACAGCACCGGAGGGCACGGGGGCCACGCACCGGCGCGGCACCCGCGGGGGGCGCGGUUUAACCCCCCCCGGCCUCGCCACGUGCUGGGGGGGGGGGGGGCUCGGUGCGACCCCCGGUACCGGUUUUUUUUUGGGGGUGGGGGUCGUUCCGUGUCCUCCCGUUCCCCGCCUCUUCCUCCCCUUUUCCUGGGGGGGGGGUUUCCUCCUGUUUUCCCGCCCUGCGGGCCCGACCCCAAAUCCCGCCGGUUUUGCCCCAAAACCGCUCCGGUGCUGCCGUGACCCCCCCCCGGUGACCCCCCCCCCCUUUCCGCCGCAGCCGCCGCUCUCAGGACCCUCUGCAGAGCCCCCCCGCUGCCCCCCGCCAUGGACGGAGCUUCCCCCAACGGCGCGGCCGCCCCGGGGGGGGCGGGGGCGACCCCGGGGGGGCCCCGGGGGGGGCGGGGGGGAGCCCCCCCGGGCCAGGGGAGCCCCCCCGGUAGCGGCGAGACGCUGAUCACCGAGGGCCGCGCCACCAUCGUGUUCCCGAGCGGCAACGAGGUGUUCUACAACCCCGUGCAGGGCUUCAACCGCGACCUGACCUGUGCCGUGCUGACGGAAUUCGCCCGGCUCCAGCUGCGCCCCAAAGGAAUUCGGGUCGUCCUUCCAGGCGAGGAGGAGCCGGGGGGGAGCCCCCAGAGCCCCCCCCCAGGCCGGGGACCCCCCGGGACACCCCCAGACCCCGCGGACGGCGCGGCCGGGGAGAGCCCUGCCAGGGUGGUCUUUGGGGUCCCCAGCCCCCCCCAACUGAUUUUGCCCCCCCCCCGGGGCGGGCUGCGGGUGCUGGAGGCGCUGGCGGCCUCGGGGCUGCGCUCCGUGCGCUUCGCCCGGGAGGUGCCGGGGCUCGGCGCCGUCGUGGCCAGCGACCGCUCCCCGCGGGCCACCGAGCUGAUGGCGCGCAACGUGGCCCGCAACGGCGUCGGGGACGCGGUGACGCCGCGGCUGGCCGACGCCAGGAUGCUGAUGUACCAAAGCAAAGCCCAGCGGGAGCCCUUCGACGUCAUCGACCUGGACCCCUACGGAGCCCCGCCCUUCCUGGACGCGGCCGUGCAGGCCGUCAGCGAGGGGGGCUUGCUGUGCGUGACCUGCACGGACAUGGCGGUGAUGGCCGGCAACAGCGCCGAGACCUGCUACAGCAAGUACGGCGCCGUGUCCCUCAAGAGCAAGUUCUGCCACGAGAUGGCGCUGAGGAUCGUCCUGCACAGCCUCGACCUGCGCGCCAACUGCUACCAGCGCUUCGUGGUGCCGCUGCUGUCGGUCAGCGCCGACUUCUACGUGCGCGUCUUCGUCAGGGUCUUCACGGGCCAGGCCAAGGUCAAGGCCUCGGCCAGCAAGCAGGCGCUGGUGUUGCAGUGCGUGGGGUGCGGCUCGUACCACCUGCAGCGCCUGGGCAGGGCCACCAGCCACGGCAGCGGCUUCAAGUACAGCCCAGCCACGGGGCCGCCCGUGGGUCCCACCUGCGAGUUCUGCCAGCAGCGGCACCAGGUGGGGGGCCCGGUGUGGGCUGAGCCCCUCCACGACCCCGCCUUUGUGGAGGGGGUGCUGGCGGCGCUGGAGCGCAGCCCCGGGCGCUUCGCCACGGAGCCGCGCAUGCGCGGCAUGCUGAGCGUCAUCGCCGAGGAGCUGAGCGAUGUGCCCCUGUACUACACCCUGGACGGGCUGAGCAGCACCAUCCGCAGCAACACGCCGUCCCUGCUGCAGCUCAGGUCAGCCCUGCUGCACGCCGGGUUCCGCGUCUCGCUGUCCCACGCCUGCCGCAACGCCAUCAAGACGGACGCGCCGCCCUCCGUGCUCUGGGACAUCAUGCGCUGCUGGGCCAAGCUCCACCCGGUGAAGCUGGAGCGGCUCCCGGACUCCAGCCCGGCCGCCCGGAUCCUCUCGGUGGAGCCCACGCUCCAGGCUUCCUUUGCCCUCCACGAGGACGCCAACCCCAGCUCGCGGAGGCGCGGCUUGAAGCGAUUCCCCGAGAACCCCGAAGCGUUUUGGGGUCCCAAGGCCAGGGCCAAGCCGGGCUCAUUCCCGGCCUUUCCAGGGGGGCAUCGCCCCUCCCUGCAGGAGAAGAGGGAGAGGCUGCAGAACAAGAGGAAGCAGCAGCAGGACAAGGCCGGGCUGAAACAAUUCCCCUGCAAACGCUUCAAGGAGGGUGCCUGUCCCCAAGGCGAGCAGUGCUGCUACUCCCACGAGCCCCCCCCGGCUGCCCCCUCCCCAUUAAAACACGUCUGACCCGA